AUGAGCACUGCUCCAGGGGCCAGCAAUGGCACGGCAAGUGAUAUAGACAUGAGACGGCUAUACAGCCUCUCUCUGUCGCAGAUCAGAAAGCAUUCGGAACUGGCUAACUACAAUUACAAGCCGUCACCUUUCAACAUUCGAUGGAUUCAUGGCUACAAUUCUAAGAUUGGAGUAAUCAAUCUGAAUGACCAAGGCAGUACGAUGGCUUUUUACGCGGCGGGUAACUGCGCCGUUCUCUACAACUGGACUACAAAUGAAAUGAGAAUACUACAAGGACAUAGGCACAUGGUGACGUGCAUUGCUUCGGACAGCAAAGGCAAAUGGCUGGUCACCGCCGACGCGGGGCCCGAGAAUGUGCUCAUCGUGUGGGACAGUGGAGACUUAUUCCCGCAGAAGACGCUGUUCUCGCCGCACGGGGCGAUGAAAAUCGCCAAAGCGGCCAUCAGCGGCGACGCGAAAUACCUCCUCACGCUUGGCUACAAGGAGAGGGCAGUGGUCCACUGGUGGAUAUGGUCUUUUGGGGAGAACGAGCCGCACGCCACUUCGGAAGUGGCCAUACCACGCAAUGGAGUGCUCGACAUGGCUUUCAACAGCACGAAGUCCGAACAAUUCGUGCUGAUCACGAAGAACGACAUAUGGAUCGGGGUCUCCGAAAAAGCAUUCGUGGUCGAGCGGGGAGUGUUGAAGGAGACCGAUAGGUACUUAUUGAGGAUACGGAUGGUCGAGAGGAAGCAAAACGCGGAGUUCGGCCGCCUCACCUGCUUCACAUUCGUGAGGGAGACCUCUCAGAUUCUCGUCGGGAGCAACAGGGGCUGUGUUCUCGUGUACGGAUACACCGCAGAGUAUCAGGAGAACGUAGACACGGGCAACAUAGAUGAUGUGAAGUUCGUGAAAGGAUUGAAAAUUCAGCAUGGGAAGAUUAAUGUCAUCAGGAAUGUCGAUGGGGUAAUUGUAACUGGAAACAACGCUGGCGAAAUUCACUUCUAUGACCCCCAACUGAAGCUCCUAUACUGGGUUCAUGGCUUCACCGUCGAUAGGGUGACGGGUCUAAGUUUCAACGUCGCGCCACGCAGCUACGAGGUGCUGGACCCCAAAUGCAAUACGCCUUGCCUCUGCUGGGAGAAGGUGGUCCUUGAGGCGGACCCCGAGACGGGCGUGAAGCGGCAGAAGUUGAUGAAGAGCAAGCUGCCUUCUGACGCCACCGUUGGCAACAAGCCCUUCGUCGUACGAGACUUCAUUGUGUGCACUAAGAACCAGGGAGUCGGUUUCGUGGACUUUGUGUCAGAGACGAACACCACCAUUGUGAACAGCAGGAUAUCGCCCGCUUUGUCGCUCACCAAUCACCCGGAAAAGCCCUUCGUAUGCGUCGGCUACGCUGACGGUACGAUCGAGUUGUACAACUUCGUGCGGCACACGCUGUUCGCGCGCUUGGACCUGAGGGACCAUUAUAAAGUGGUCACCGCGCCGAGUGCAGAGUCCAUCAACUGUUUCACCGCCAUCACCCUGCCACAGCUCUCUGUGACCUGCUUGAAAUAUUCGCCUUCUGGAUUGCAUCUGGCCUGUGGCCUCAACACGGGCGAGCUGUUGUUCUUGGACCCGACCACUAUCGAGAUACGCACGGAGAAGCCCAUCAGGGACACAAGCCAUGAGAUCAAGAAGCUCUCGUACAGCCCCGAUUCGUUCACCCUGGCUUGUACUGACUCGGGCAGGACUAUAUGCGUGUACAAAUACGACUGCUCGACGCUCGGCUGGCGAUUCCUCGCGAAACACCGCGCCCACUACAAGGACGUCACGUCGUUCUUCUUCCUGCCGGAGAGGAACGACGACGGGGAGCACAAGCUGGUCUCGCUGGGCGCGGACCGCUGCCUGGUCGAGUACGAUGUGGGCGCCAGCUCCGAGGGUUGCCUGGAGGUGUUCAGCCUGGACAGGAUCGACCAGACGGCCGUGCCGCUCGCCGGCGCGCCGUGGCCCACGCCGCCGGGGCUCGACCCGGAGAGCUGUCGCUUCGACUUGCCCCUGAUACUGGUCGCCAACAAUGAGUACAAAUACAAGAUAAUCAACUACAAAACGACGAUGACGCUGUCCACGAUAUUGGGGCCGCGGUUCGAGCAUCCCGUGCGCGAGGUCCAGCUGGUCUCCAGGCGGGAGGAGGGGGAGCCGUUGCCGUACCUCCUGUUCGCCACUAAGAACGUCGUGGGCCUCCAGAAGUUGCCGCUCGACGGCAACCCGUGGAAGCACAUUGGGCUGCUCGGGCAUCCGAUCGAGGUAAUACAGAUGUGUUUCCGAGAGGACUACGGUGCAUUAUUCACGAUAGGCGCAAAGGACAGCUGCAUGACCCAGUGGGCGGCGAAUUAUAGAGCUUUGGACACGACGGCAAAGCUCGGCGGCGGCGACCUGGACCCGUAUUACUGCCUCAUCGAGAACGGCCGCCCCGGCUGGCUGUUCCGCGAGAUCCGGGACCUGUUCUACUACAUCCAGAUCCUGUGCCAGGGCAGCUUCUCGCCGUCGAUGCGGCGCGUCAAGGACCACAUACCCAUCGAGACUCUGCCCGACUUGAUGAGGGCCUUGGGCUAUUUUCCGUCCGAAUACGAGGUGGAGAACCUAAUAGUGGAGGCGAAAUACAAAGUGUACCAGCAGCGGCCUUCGACCGAGGUCGAUUUCGAGGAGUUCGUGAAGCUCUACCUGAACCACCGGCCCGCGUACUCCACGAGCUCCAAGGAAUUGAGGAACGCUUUCAGGAACUUCGCGACGUUCAGCGAUAAUUCGUACAGUAUUCCUAGGGAUGAGUUCAUUGAAAUACUCAAGGAUUAUGGAGAACAUUUCUCCAAGGAGCUGAUCUGGUACCUGCUGUCCAUUCUCUGUGGUCAUAGCUUUGAAGAUAGAGUCGGAAUGAAUGAGGAGGACUUCAGCUUUAUACCUGAGACGAUCACAUUCAGCGACCUUCUGUGCCACAUUAUAGGGGUGCAGGAUUACGAUAAUCCCUCGGAGCAGUACUCCGCAAAGGGCUCGAGCUGCUCCCAACUGACCAACUCAUCCGACUCAGAUGAUGCGCAACUC